GGCGGGCGCGUUGCUACUGCUAAGCAGUCUGGGAUUUGUAGUUUUAUUGCGGCCAUAUUUUCACUCUCUUGGCAAGCCUUGGUCCCUAAUGACAGCAAAAAAGAGUCACAUACAUGUAAACAUGUCAAAUUCCCCUGCUUAUACAGGAGCCCAGAGUCCGUUAUUAGUAGGGCAAGCCUUGGAAGAUAUUAGCCAACGUGACAACAUUGAGACAGAAAUGCUGCAGAAAGAGCAGGAGACACUCAGCGCCCUGCAGGUGACUCUAUCAGAUGUUCAGAAGAACAGCGAUGAGGCUGAGAAGAAGCUUAAAUGUAAAGUGAGAGACCUCCUCAUCAUGGAGGAUGACAUGAUACAUUUAGAGCAGAAAAUGCAGGCCGGACGUGACUGCUGUGCCUCCAUCACAGCAGAGAAGACAAAACUGCUGGAGCAAAUAAUUGAGGAGGAGGAGAAGGCCUGCAUGGCACGGGCCCAAUUUGACAUUUAUCAAAGAAAGAUGGAGGGCCACAGGCAGGCAGUUUUGAACGUUGUGGGCCAGACUGACAUUUGCAUGCAGGAGAAGAGGGCUCUUGUCCAGGAACUGAGAAAUGCCAAGGAGGAACUGAAGGAGGAUUUAAAGAAUCCUAAGGGAAACAGAGUUCAGACGGCAAAGAGAGAGAUUGAUACGCUGAAAAGGGAGAUUGGAGUGAUGAGGGAAAAUAUAGCACAGAGGAGGGAAGAUCAGCAAAAAGUGUUGGAAACCCAUGCCCAGAUAAAGAAAGAGAUUGAGAGCCAAAACAAGCGCUUUGAAGCCAUUAGCAAGCACCUUCACUGUCAGAUUAUCAAGGCCCAGGCUGUCCACAGACAGCGGAUCUGUGGCGUAGCGCAAAAACUGCCGUAUCUUGAUUUUCGAGCAAGCGCAAGACUCGCUCUGCAUGUUUGCUAAUUUGGCAGACCGGUCUGUGAGAAGCUGGGUGUACUGGCACAACGAGGGCAAAUGUCCAGAGACAUCUACCACAUGGAGAGACAGAAAGCUGAGCUCCAAAGGCAACUGGAAUCAUCAAAUUACUCUGCUCAGUGCUAAAUCAAUAUAGACACAGUAGAUGGUGGAAUAGAACACCCUCCUAUUGUGGGAAUCUUGAUGCGUCAUUUGCUCAUGAGUUGCUGCUACAACUAGCCAGCAGAGGACAGCAGUGUCAAAUAAAUGUAUAACAAUACUGCCACAACAAGGCUGGACAAUAUUACUUGUUCAAAUAGCUACUGGCAAGAAGGGUGUAAAUAUAUUUGCCAGUUAUUGCAGCAUAUUGUUUUACAUGAAAAUGCUCAGUAUGUUUUUGCAUCUGGAUGGAUUAAGAGAGUAGGAAUUUUGGUGGUUCAUGUUAGCAGUGCAUCGGCUCAUUCUGACCACAACAGUUAGAAUAAAAGCUCCAACUGUCGAUAUGCUUUUGGUACACACUGUUCCAGCUUCCGCUCGUAUGACGCAGGGUGAGGUGACAGUCCCACUGCAAGCUAUACUAUAUCUCACAGCUAAAUAGCAAAAAUCAGUAGAAGUAUGUAAUAUUUCUAAACAUUACAGUGUACUCAUCAUAACAGUUAUAUAUUUUGGAGUAUUGUUUCUUUCUUCAGUGGUUUUGUAGAGUAAAAUUGCAAUAAAGUUUCACUGCUACUCUACUAAUGCACAUUGUAGUCAUAUUAUUUCAAGGUAUUCGUUUGUUGAGAAGGAACAUAAACACUCAAAGAUCACAAAAAUGCUAGGUUGUAAUUGUUCCUGUCAGAGACAUAUUCAUGUAACACAUUAAAAUUAAGGGUUUUAAUACAGCGCUAUGAUUGAAUCGCAAUAGAGUAUGCAGCCGUAUUUACUGUAAUGUUGAGGCCUCUUUUGCACCUGCAGCUUUAAGGAUAAUCAAGUCUGAACCAGUUGUGUAAAUACAAAUGUCUGUUUUUAAUAUCUCACUCAUGGACAAACGUUUGGGGGGGCGUUCAUUUCCUGAAUGGUGCAUUGUUGGAGCCCAUUCAGCUGGUGUGGGACGUCUGCCGUACCGCACCACUGCUUGGCUCGUCCUCAUCAAAGCACUCAGCUCUGAGAUCAGUCUCUACUCCACCCUGCUAACACAGCACAGCACAAGCGCAGCCUGCAUUCCCAUAAUCAGUUGAAUUCCACACACAUUUACACUAAAGAUGCAUAAGUGGUUUAAAUAACAAAUAAAAAAAUGUGACGAUAAGUCAGGGGUUCCCACACUGAGACACAAUCCUUUUUUUUUUUUAAUUCCUGCAUGUGUAUCUCUGAAAAUAAACACGUCUAUGUACUCGCAGUCACAGCAAAUUAAGAGAGUUGCCAGUAUGUUACUGUAAAAAAAACACAUUUAAAAAAGGUGAACUUGACAGUAUAGUCACAAGUUAAACAUGCCGAAAAUCGACCUUCUCGCUGUUACGGUUAACUUGUAACUAUCUGCUCAUCUGCUUGUUCAAAGGGUUUUGGGUUGCACACACAGAGUCCUUCUUGGCACUACUUGAUCCAUACUGGGAAACUCUUCGCAAAACACAAAAUUGUGCUUCCUUGGUGUCUUGGUGAGAAAUGUUCAGCAUCUCACGGAAACAUAAUUCUGGACAAGAAAAAAAUGCGACAAAGACACACACACAACAGGGAUGACCGGUGGGGUGGCCAGGUUUCAGUCUAGGGCAGGGCUCCGAUCAUUGAGGACAUUUGCACAACCAACAUUGUCCCAGAUUAUAACACUACUCGUCACUUUAAACCGCAUACACUCCUUGAAGUCUCGGCGCCCUUUGCACAAUGGUCAUUGCACCGGACUAUUGCAAUAUUAGUCAUUCGAACUGCUCUAAGUGCUAGAGGACGCUGCAUCUUUUUGCACAAUUGUCAAAAAAAAUAAUAAAUAAUGUACCGGCAUUACCAGAUUACCAGAUAAGUAGC